CACACACACACCUGCACGAGCUGCUCUUAUUUUGAUCCCGUAGAGAGUGAAGUGCUUCUAACCUGUUAGUCUACAUCACAUAAUCAAGCCUACAUCCCAAUCUGUGAGCAUGGAGGACGGAUCUGCAGAACUAUCCCUUCAACAGCUGGAACAUUUGGAAAUCUCCCUGGACACGGUGUCCACCACCGGGGAGGACGAGCAGGCCGGCGUGCACGACGCGCGGACAGAGCUGAAAGCUUUGGAGAAGCCGCCGUACUCGUAUGUGGCGCUCAUCGCCAUGGCCAUCCGAGAGAGCACGGAGAAGAAGCUGACGCUGAACGGGAUCUACCAGUUUAUCAUCUCCAAGUUCCCUUACUACGAGAAGAACAAAAAGGGGUGGCAGAACAGCAUCCGCCACAACCUCAGCCUCAACGAGUGUUUCGUUAAGGUGCCCCGGGACACCGGGGGCGGAGGAGAGAAGAAGGGCAACUUCUGGACGCUUGAUCCUGCUUUCGAAAACAUGUUCGAUAAGGGCAAUUAUCGGCGCAGGAGGCGUGUCAGGAGACCUUACCGAGCACCUGCUUUACCCUAUAUACCGUCUGUGAACUUCUCCGAGCCGCUGUACUUCCACCAGGAGCCUGUGUACUGGCAGAGCCCACUUGUCGGAGGCGCAUGGAGCGUCGUGCCACAGCCGGGCGCGCACACCGGAGUUUCUCCCUACAGCUUCCACAGCAGCGGGAACGCGCGUCCUUCUUCUCCCAACAGCUAUGCCAGCUCUCCCGUGAGUUAUUACCACAGUGCAAAUGUACACCCGUCCUACGGACCAUACCAGCACCCGUACCACGCUCUUGCGCCGCACAGCGGGCGCACUUUAUGCGGUGUAUCGGCUCCGGAGAGUCCCGGCGGAAGCGCAAUUCCCAUCGCCAGCUACGCGCCGCAUCAACCGUACAGCCAAGCCGAAAUGGAGCACGACUGAAAAGAAAUAGGAUUAAAAUUGUCCCCCAAAAAAUGUGGAUCUUUACAUGCAGGACAAGUUGGUAAUGUGGAUCCAUACCUUUCAACAAGUAUUCCCAGUUCUCGCAGUGCUUUGUUUGUUUUUACGCAUAAACACUAAAUCUUAAUGACUUUAAUGAAUCGAUAAUUAGCAAUAAUUGUUCGACUUCCCAGAAAACUGUAAACUGAGAAGGUUAGUUUGAAAAGAGCUGGAUUUUUUUAUGCUGAUUGUGAAAAUGUUCUGUAAAGUUGGAAAUGAAUCCAUAUGUUUUGUGUAUGGACAAACCUUCCGGUUCACUUUUGGUAAGCUCUUUUGUUUAUAUAGGCGUAUUUGACCAUAAACUGUUAAGAAUGCAGCUAUUUUUCUAUUGUUAUUUAUUUUAGUUAACAAAAAAAGUUUGUAUUCAGUCCAUCUUUGUGUUUUGGUUCAGUUUUUUUUAUAUGACCUCUGUAAGAAAUUUUGGUUAGAAAUUUCACUGCCUUUAAUGAACAUUGAUAAAAAUGUUGGCGUAAAGUGUUUAUUUGGGCCAAUAUUGUUACGUUUUUUAAUAAAAAUAAACCUUAGCCUAUCAGUGUUUAGCUUGUUAAUUGUCGGGGGGAGCUUUACAAAAGGAUGGGAAGUUGUUUUUUCCCUAAUAUCAUAGCUUCACAAAAGCAGCUUAAUUAAAUAUUGUUUACACUCAAUGCAAAUCGGUGACUAUGAAUAUUCAAAACAGCAUAAACAUGUUUAAGACAGGAUAUGGCGCCAUCUUCUGGUCAAAUAGAUGAAAUGUUUACAUAAAAAUCCCAGGUUCGAAAGAACUACAUUUCAUUACCUGUAUCUACUCUGUAUCCUGUAUCUACUGUUAAAAGCAUUACUAAUAUAAUUAUAAUGAAAUGUAUUCUGAAGCCAGAUUAGGUGUUUACAUUGACUAGUUUUUAAAUUGACAUGCUUUUUAAAAUAUACAAUUUAUGCCUUCAGUUCAAGGAAAAUGCAGUAGAUUCCCUUAGGACUGAUUAGCCCUAAAAAAAAUUAAUGCUUUCUACCUGGUUAAAAUUGUGUUUAAGUCUUGGAAGGCUGGAUAAUUCUAGGUCAGAAAUUAGGUUAAUAGGUUUAAUUACCAGUUCACUUCUCGUGGAUUAUGACAUCAGAUGUACACCGACCAGGCAUAACAUUAUGCCUAAUAUUGUGUUGGUCCCCCUUUCGCUGCUAAAACAGCCCUGAUCCAUCAUGCACUGUGUAUUCUGACACCUUUCUAUCAGAACCAGCAUUAACUUCUUCAGCAAUUUGAGCAGCAGUAGCUCAUCUGUUGGGUCGGAUCACACGAGCCAGCCUUCGCUCCCCACGUGUAUCAAUGUGCCUUGGCUGCCCAUGACCCUGUCGCCGGUUCAUCACUGUUCCUUCCUUGGACCACUUUUGAUAGAUACUGACCACUGCAGACCGGGAACACCCCAGAAGAGCUGCAGUUUUGGAGAUGCUCUGAUCCAGUCGUCUAGCCAUGACAAUUUGGCCCUUCAUCAAACUCGCUCAAAUCCUUACGCUUGCCCAUAUUUCCUGCUUCUAACACAUCAACUUUGAGGACAAAAUGUUCACUUGCUGCCUCAUAUAUCCCACCCACUAACAGGUGCCAUGAUGAGGAGAUAAUCAGCGUUAUUCACUUCACCUCUCACUGCUCAUAAUGUUACGCCUGAUCGGUGUACAUGCUUUAGUCUUAUUUAAAAUGAUACAUGUAUAACCUUUUGCAAAUAAAAAUACACGUAUUGCUAUGAAUGCAUGAUGUACUCAGACGGCACAUAGCAGAUGAGGGAAUCUGUGACAAAGGCCACAGCAAACAACACAGUUUUGCACAAAUGUGUUACUGUUAGUCAAAUGACUUCUGGGUACAAAGUCGCACCAAAAAUGUGUGAACUUAGAAUUAGUAAACGUUUUUGAAGCCUUCUGGGUACAUUUAUAGAGCAGGUGCGAGAGCACACUGUCAUGUGCAAUUAAAUAUUUUAUAUAUGAAUAGUGUUUUCAAAUGUUUUAUGAUUGCACUUGUAUUUAGUGUGUCUUUUGGUCUUUGCAGUGUUUUUCAAAGUGACUGAUUACAUUGGUGGAAAUCACAACCAACUUAUUAUAUUUAAUCAGAGUUCUUAUUAAUGUUCGCCUUUAUGGCUGGUUACUUAGAAAUGGGAUUGUCAAUAAUUAUAAACAAGUACACUCUCAGGAAAAAAGUACUAAACAGCAUCUUUCCUUUUUGCUGGAGUGGUACCCUUGACAAUGCAUUUUUUACCUGUAAUAUGUAUCUUUUACAUGGUAAGGUAAAUGCAAAGUACCUUUAAUUAUCUUUCAGAACAAUACUUUUCCCUUGAGUGCCGCAAAAUAUUGACAAAGAAAAGUACAUUUAAAUACUUUAAUGUUUUUUUUUUCUUCCUGAGAGUAUAUAUUAUGGCUACUUGGUUCUAAAGUUUUCUCAGAA